UCCUGGUAGCUCGUCAUUGUGAGUGCUCGUCUUUUAGCUUUGUGGCUAGGUUGGUUGGCAGUCGGUUGUUUUCUUGUUAGCCUUCCUGUGGUCUGCCGUCGCUACCGCAUAUUCGGUCGCUAUCUGCACGCACCAUAUAAUACAGAUGGACCAGCAGGACCAGUCCUAUAUGUUUGCAAGUCUCACACGGCCUCACUCGGAGCAGCUGCUGCAGGGUCUCCAGCUCCUGCGGCAGGAUCACGAACUGUGUGACAUUGUUCUCCGAGUGGGUGAUGCCAAGAUCCAUGCCCACAAAGUUGUGUUGGCCAGCAUCAGCCCCUACUUCAAGGCCAUGUUUACAGGUAACCUCUCGGAAAAGGAGACUUCCGAGGUGGAGUUCCAGUGCAUUGAUGAGGCUGCUUUGCAGGCCAUUGUGGAGUACGCAUACACGGGAACGGUGUUUAUCUCCCAGGAAACAGUUGAAUCCCUGCUGCCGGCUGCCAAUUUACUCCAGGUUAAGCUUGUACUUAAGGAGUGCUGUUCCUUCUUAGAAAGCCAGCUGGAUGCUGGGAACUGUAUAGGGAUCUCCCGCUUCGCAGAGACAUAUGGCUGCCAUGACCUGUGCCUGGCUGCUACUAAGUUUAUCUGUGAGAACUUUGAAGAGGUCUGUCAGACGGAGGAGUUUUUUGAACUGACGAGAGCGGAGCUGGAUGAAAUAGUUUCUAACGACUGUCUUAAGGUAGACACGGAGGAGACCGUGUUUUACGCUUUGGAAUCAUGGAUCAAAUAUGACGUAACAGAGAGACAGCAGCAUCUCGCUCAGUUGUUACACUGUGUUCGCCUUCCACUUCUCAGCGUCAAAUUCCUCACUCGCCUAUAUGAAGCCAACCACCUUAUACGAGACGACCAUGCAUGCAAACACCUGCUAAACGAGGCCCUUAAAUAUCAUUUUAUGCCUGAGCACAGACUUUCUUAUCAGACUGUGUUGUCAGCGAGGCCCAGGUGUGCCCCCAAGGUGCUGCUUGCAGUAGGAGGCAAGGCUGGACUGUUUGCCACACUAGAAAGCAUGGAAAUGUAUUUCCCUCAGACUGACUCGUGGAUCGGACUGGCCCCUCUCAGCGUCCCCCGGUACGAGUUUGGAGUGGCCGUGCUGGACCAUAAAGUGUACGUGGUGGGAGGCAUCGCCACGCACAUGAGGCAGGGCAUCAGCUACCGGAGGCACGAGAGCACGGUGGAGGCCUGGGACCCCGAAAGCAACACGUGGUCCUCGGUGGAGCACAUGGCCGAGUGUCGCAGCACACUUGGGGUGGUGGUCCAGGCUGGAGAGCUGUACGCUUUGGGAGGCUAUGACGGCCAGUACUACCUGCAGUCUGUUGAGAAAUACGUCCCCAAGCUGAAGGAGUGGCAACCGGUGGCACCCAUGACAAAGUCCCGCAGCUGCUUUGCCACGGCUGUGUUGGAUGGCAUGAUCUAUGCUAUUGGAGGGUAUGGCCCAGCACACAUGAACAGUGUGGAGAGGUACGACCCCAGCAAGGACGCCUGGGAAAUGGUAGCCCCCAUGGCAGACAAGAGGAUCAACUUUGGUGUCGGUGUCAUGCUCGGCUUCAUAUUUGUGGUGGGUGGGCACAACGGAGUGUCCCACCUGUCCAGUAUCGAGAGGUACGACCCCCAUCAGAACCAGUGGACGGCCUGUCGGCCAAUGAACGAACCUCGUACUGGUGUUGGUUCUGCCAUUGUGGACAACUACCUCUAUGUAGUAGGAGGGCACUCCGGGUCGUCUUACCUGAACACUGUCCAACGCUACGACCCCAUCUCAGACAGCUGGUUGGACUCCAGCGGCAUGAUGUACUGCCGUUGCAAUUUUGGUCUGACUGCCCUUUGACCAAUGGCCCGUUCAGCUAGGACUCAGUAAAACAAUUUCUGAAAGAAAACUUUUCUUUUUUGUUACCUGCUCUCCUGUUUUCCCCACAUUCGUUCUCCAGGAGCAAAUGCACACCUGAAAGAACAUCUGAGUGCUUGCUUGGGUGGCUGGGUGUGCACAAAUAGCUGGCUGGUUGGAUGGAGGGGAUCCCAGUCUCGCUGCAGAGAUUUAAAAGCGUAAAGGUUGUGCAGCAGAGGGAAGGGAGGAAGAUGUCUGGAUGGAUGAUGGCGCAGGCACCUUGGAUACGAGUGCUGCCGGACCACUACGAGAACUUCGAGCCAUGUCCCAGGGGGCUGUAGGAAAUUUUUGUUACAUUAGCUGACAUUUAUGUCCUCUAUUUUACACGUCAGUACGUUUAAUGCUUAAGAUUUACAGCUGCAUUCAGAACUAUGUUACAGUUUUAUAGAACACUGCAGUUUGCUUGUGUCUUUGUGCGAACCUGUGGUUGUUGGCGUGUAUGCACGAGGGGGUAUGUGCAUGUCGGAUGAAUCCGUUUAUGUUUUUUUGUUUUUUGUUACUUGUCCGCGUGUAGAACUAAUUCUCGAGCUCAGUGAGGCGACGAGUUCUGCAUCCAAAUCAGUGCUUCACAGGAAGAAAAAAGAGCAAACUUAGAAACUUUAUAUUUUCCUCAAAGGGCUGCCUUUCUCUUUUGUAAAUAGUAUAAAUGAAAUAUAUAGAUAAAUAUAUCCUCUAGUGCAUUGCCUGUAAAUGUUUAUCUGCACUGGGUCACUAAUGUGUGUGCGAAUGUGUGUGUGAUUUGAUUCACUCGAGAGGGAGGAGUUUCCCCCUUAGUUUGUCUCCUACGCGUUUCUGCGUCAUCCUCCAUUAUUUCAUAAAAAAAAAAAAAAAUCAACAAAUUUUAAAGGUCAGGUCAUGCACGCACUUGUCUCUAUAAUGGUUGAAACGUGUCUCAGCCAAUUUUGUCCACAAUAUUAACUGGUGCUAUAUUUAGGAUUCAGGACUUAGCUGUUUGUCUAGGUUGCUGCACAUGUUCUAGUCAGUGUAUGCUUAAUCUCCAGGUCAUUUUUACAUUUGAUGCUAGCAAUCUGCUUUAUGGGCAUGACAUCCUAAAUGGCCCCUCACCAGGCAAUAAAAUAAGUUUAGAUAAAAAGGGAAAGAAAAUGCUAUUUUUUUUUUCUUGUAUAGGUGCAUGUUUUAAAAACUGGAAUAUCAUAAAAAAAAUUAUUCGAAAUUAUUAUUAUUUUUUUAACUUUAUGGAGUUAUUACCCACAGAGUGAUAUAUCUGAAGUGCGUCAGUUAUAUUCAUGAAUAUUUAAUUAUAUCCAUGCAUUCAUUUAGUUUGUAGUAUAACCAAUCAGUAGUUGUGUGAAGGUAAGCCUUCCUGGAAAAUAAAUUGGAUCUCCAUAAAACUAGUAAAACAGGAUAGCGCUCUGAAAAAAUUGGUACAGUUCCCUGUGGACCCUUUUCCAUCACAUUUUUCCCUCCACUUAACUUUCCAUUAACAUGCGCACCCUUAUGGGUAUAGAAACAGCCAGCAUCUUUACCAAUCACCUUUUGUGACUUACUCUUCUUGUGGAGGGGGUCAGUGACUAUCAGUCAAGUCAGCAAUUUUCUCAUGGUUCUUUGGGCCACAACACAUCCUAAAAAAAGUUUUCUUACCUGCCAUGCUAUUUAAACUAAACACUUGAAUACAUCACUCUGUAUGUAAUAAAUCUAAAUAGCCUUUAUCCUUUAGGAUUAUUGAAAUGAAACACUCAAUUUUUUUAAACGCACCUGUUAGUGUUGCUUUCUUUCAUGUCGUGGCUUUCGAAGACGAAGCACCACAGUUGUGCAAGCCAACUCAGGCCAAGUUGUCCCCCAUCCCACCACCCAUCCUCAAGAGAAAUAUUGCAACACAUUAAGCAGCAGAGCUCCCCUCUAAUAGGGAGAGUAGGUGUGUGCCGUUUUGCUGAGUCACUGUUCAUUUUUAAGUCUAGUCACUUUGCGUGUGCUGGUGUUUGCACAACUUUUAACCAAGCUCUCUGCAUUGCACUUACCAAAAUAUUUGACACAUAUUGUCAUUUGAUUACCUGUUUUUUUUUUCUUUUCUUUUUUUUUUAAGCUAAUGGCAUUUAGAUGAUGCAAUAAGACUUGUUUUUUUUUCUCUUUCGACUGAAAAUGUUUUGUGUUUGUCUCUUUAAAAAGCCAAGGCAUCUCACAUUGCUGUAACAGACAUUAACAUUAAUGGAGCAUCUGAGGGAACCUUUGACCCUUUGUCAUUUUGGUCUUGUACAUGGGAUGUGUUCUUUUAGGUUACAGUUUAUUGUAGAUGAUGGGCUAAAGUAAAACAGGUUAGAUUUUACCACAUUGAGGUACACUACAGACUUUGCCACUUUGCUUUUUUUUCUUCUGUGAAAUUUUUGUUGUUGGAUGAAAUGUUACAAUGUCAUUUACUUUGCAAAUUUGUCCAAUUGUUCCCAAUUAGUUCCUUAUUUACAUAUGUAUUUUCCAAUGAAUUGAAUUGAAUUUGUAAGCAACCAGUUUGUAAUUCUAUGACAAUGUUUAUAUUUAUUUAUACUUUCUUUAGGCAAGGAUCGAGAUGCUAACCUUGAUUAAUGAUUCAUGGUAUUUAAGCAAAAAAAAAAAAGUUCACAACAAAAAAUAUAGCAAAAUACUAGAGAUUUUCUUUAAAAUGGAAGAGUUAUUCCUACUUUUUUGCUCUUCUAUUUCUUAUAGAGUAGCAGAAGUAUAAGAAGCUGAUAUUUGUAACAUAAUUGGCUGCUUCAGUAUCAGUGUUUGAGAGAUUAUGGCUCUUGGCCCAGGGUGGCACUGUUCAAAAGGAUGGCUGAGUACAUGUUCCAAACAGAAUUUGAUAAAAUCUUAUUUCAGUUGUGGAAACACAAAAGAAAAAAAACCACAUACCCCCUGCUUCUUUUUGAACGUUGAGUGAUUGGUUCUCCUUCAGUUACCACACACAGAUUGUGAUUUUUACAAGGGGAAAUUUCUCUUUCUUGCAUCUGAUCCUUCUUUCAGACAUCUAGACAGCAGUAUGCAGCAACAAGUAGGGCAGGGGAAGCUAUACUAGAAAGGUUUAACAUUGUUGAAACUAAAACCUUCUUAAACCUUUAUACACCUGCAACCAGCCCAUUCCUACUCAUUGUUUAAUCUAGUUUUUGUAGUCCAAUGCAAAAUAAGUUUUGUUCACCUCUCUACAUUAAUUGAAAUUAAUUUCUGCUGCCAUGACUGAUUGAGCAUCAAUUUUCUUACUUUUUUUGUUUGUCUGUUUCUUCCCAUACGAAAUGCUGACUGCUAUUGUAAUGCAUUUUGGAAGAAAAAGUAAUGGAAAAUCUGCAAAUGUGAAUCAAAAAGAAGGGAGUAUGUAUGCAUUUUUGUUAAGGCCUAACCAACAUCUUGCUUUUUUUCCCCCUCUGCCAUCACUCUCACCAAAGUGCUUGUACAAAGAAAGCAGAUGGAUGACUUUUUAACGACCUUAAGUCUGCAUUCGGCUGCCAGUCCUUCCAUUUGUGUCUGAGAGGAAGAAAACUCCCGUGAAACUGAUGUCAGUGUUAGCCAAAACGACCACUCUGCUUCUCUUUUUUUUUUUUUUUUUAACCAUUUCUCACAGUGUAUCUGGAGUCUCAACUUUUUUUUUUUCUUAAUAUCCUGUGGAUUAAUGCUGGAAGUCAAAGAUAACAUCGCGUAUAACGAAAACUGUAGCUUUUCACGUUUUGUUUGAAGACAUUUUACAUACAUCUUAGUUUGUGUGGUGCAGUACCCAGAUUAAAAUAAAUGCCUGCCUUAAAAAAAAAAAAAAAAAAGCCAUGGCUGCAUAUUGUUUUGUUAGAUUCAUAUGCAUGUUUCAGAGAACACAAAUCUAAAGCAGAUGUGUUCAAAAAUAUUUUUAUUUAUAUUAAGACAAUAUCUGCAGGGGAAAAAAAAUAAUGUCUGAGCUUUCUUGACAGAGGCACUAUGUGAUAACAGUAAUUAGAGGAUUAAAAAAAAUCUAAAUAUCUGACAUGGAAGCUGCAAAACUGCUGAGAUGGGAGCAUUUCAGCAUGGAUUUGCUUAACGCUUCAUGCCAUGAAAGCCCAAAUCAAUCCAACAAACAUUUCUGCAAGAAACAUAAAAACAAUUCAUACCACUUAACUGACGUUGUGUUUUAGCAUCCACACUUAUGAGUAAAAACUUUAACAGCUUAAAAAAAAAGAGGUUUCUUUUAUGCCACAGUGUAAUUAGAGCACCAGUUAAAUUUUUAGAUAAGGGUUGAUGUGCUUAAAUCAGAACAUUAAACUUGUGCUGGAGAACCCCCAAGUUAUAUAUUAAAAAAAUCAUAGUUGUAAGCCCUCUUUUUUUUUUUAAGGAAUAUGCUGAGAUUGAGUCAUGUAAGAAAUGCUAAAACUGUUUUACUUACUGGUUUAUAGAAUGAACAGAGGGUUUAUUAACAGGCAACAAAUCUCAGGAAUUUACACGCCCGCUAUUAAAAUGUCAAGUUUUAUUUGUUUAAGAAUGAAACUACAAUAAGUAGUUUAAAAAUUUGUUUUGCACCUUCAAAUAGAUACUUUCUGUAAAAGACAAUAAAAAAACAUACAUCUGUUGGGUAGAAACUAACAAAAAGGUCUCAGUGGCAAUAAAUUUGUCCAUCUUUGUCCUACCAUUUCUUGAACCGCCUUUUGACGAAUUUCACCAAUCAGUCUUUGUGUUUACAACUGCCAUUAGUAAUAGUAAAUUAGAUUAACUCAAAUUAAAGAUAAUCUGGCUACAACUCCAGAAGAUGCAAAAAGCUUGGCACAAAAGCAAUGCUAGACAUCGCCAGAAGAGAUCAUGCAGUAGGAAAACUUUAAGACAGAAUUAGGGCUUUUAAAUCAUGCUGAAUGAAUUAGUGAGGAGUUGUACGAGUCAACUUUGACUCAAAACACUCAAGAUGAGUAUGGAUUUUAUUAUUCAGCAUCAUAAUGGUCAUCUGAAGCAUCUGUGGACAAGAGGUAUUUUCAUAACUUAAAAGACUGAGAACCUUUGUAAUAUAGUGGGGUAAUAUUACUAAGCUUUGGUUGUGGGAUACAGAUAGGUACUUAAGAAAGGAUGCUGAAUGCUGAAACUGAGUCAAAAGUUAAAUCAGCAAAGUUUCAGUUUAAAAUUUUGCAUCUAGUUUUUUUUUCUGCAAACAGAUUUGUUUGUUUUUCAGUUGAAUUGUGCAGGAUAUACAUCCAGCUGAAGGUGGAAAAACAUUAAAAAUAAUCAUCUUUUUUUUUUU